UUUCUAUAUACAUUCUAUAUAACUGUCUGGUUCCAGGUUUAAGGCCACCAGUUAGCACAUGUAGAUGAGAUGGUGACUGGUGCACAAACCAUAGUGUAUAUAAACACUAUGCAUGCAUUAUUACACAUUUAUCAGAAUGUAAUAAGCAAAUCAUUAUUUGUAGGGGAAACGAAUAAUGUACAAUCUUUGUUAUUUAAUAUAUUAAUUCAAGUUGUGUAAUAGGUAGUGUCCAAACACCGUACACAUCAAGUACCCUUGAUCUAGGGUGCACUUUAUAGGGAAUAGGGAGGCGUUUUGGACACUAUCUAUAUUUUUCUACUAUAUAGACCUAGAAGAUGCGGCGCCAUGGCAAUAUCGCUAUGGCAACCAGACUAGACCAAUCAUCUGUCGCGUUCCGAAGGAUGGCCUCAACGAUUGGCUGGAUGAUCUGUCCGUCCCAAACGAUUGGAGAGAGUUCAUUAUCGGUGGCCGCGUUCCAAAUAGUGCGGUCCUCCCUACAUAAGUGCAGUAUAACAAUAUAAAGCAACGAGCACAAGCGCCCUUUUUAGUGCACUUAAUGUGUAAAAGAGACGCGUUCCGCGUAACUUGUCCAACUCAUUGAAAGUUUGAGUUCAUUGGUGCUAGGGUCAAGCGAGGGUUUGUUUUUAGCCAUUAUUUUUGAUCAAAUCUGGCAUUAAAUUAAGUUCGAAAUAAUGUUUUAUUACCCAAAUGUGCUUAAUCACAGAACUGGAUGUUUCGCUACAAUAUGGCUGGCGGCUACAAAGGCCAGAAAGAUGAACCGGCGUGAUCUGCUCAAGGUGAACGUUCAGAGCACAUGCACUGACAUCAUGAACUACGUGUUGGUGCGAGUGCCUCCUCUGGCUGCAGGUCUGCCUCGGCCUCGCUUCUCCCUCUACCUCUCCUCCCAGCUGCAGUACGGCAUCGUGCUCGUCUUCCACCACCAGUGCCAGCUGCUCCUGGAGGAGAUCCAGGGGGCCAUCGACCGACUGCACCGUUACCAUGUGCAGGUGCAGAUCGACAUGCUGCCCGAGGACAUCAGACAAACUCAAACACUUCCAGAUGCUCUCGCUUUACUGACGGAAACGGAGGGAGCGAGGGAUCCGUUCUUCGGGUCAAUGGAGUUUGGUAUGCCCAGUCCAAGUAGCCUCAUGCAGCUGGCUCAAGAAAUGGGCGUGGUUUCUCCAGAGAGUCUGCUGUCUCCACCUUUGGAAGGCAUCACAGCGAGUCAGGAGUCGAUCACGAUGACCGAGCAGGAGCCCGUUAUCCUGCACGAGCCUGAGUUCGAAGGGGCGGAGCUACAGGAGACUGACAUGAUCGAAAUGCUGCUGGAGCAACCGGAUCAUUUCCCCGAGGGUGAGGACGAGAGAGAACGUGAGGCAGAACAGGCAAGGCAGAGGGAGAGAAGAGAAAGAGAGAGGGAAAGAGAAAGAGAAGAAGUUGAAGAGAGAGAGAGAGAGCGAGAGCGAGAAGCAGCAGAGAUAGAGAGGACGAGGGAUCUGACGGGGUCGACCCUCCUGAUGGAGCCGACCACUGAAGUGCCAAGCAGAGACAUCGUGUCUGUGCUCGAGGAGAUGGAGCUGCCUGCUGUGAUGCCCGAGCCAGCCCAGAGAGAGAGGACCCCGGAGCCCAUCCCUAUUCCACCGUCCCCACCGAGUCCAGACAGAAGGGAACGCCGGAGAGAGAGUCCUCGCCUUCAGGAGCUCGUCCCAGUCCCAGAGGCCCCUGCAGUGGGACAAAGAAGGAGGAAGAGGCAACUGGUUUUUAUGGAUGAGGAAAUACAAAUAUCCCAGGAAGCACUGCAAACUCAGAUUGAUGAUCCAAGCAUUGAAACCAGGCUUUUGGAGGACGUUCUGAUCAGAGCACCUUUUCGAGUGAGCGAUGCAAAAGGUCUCCUCAGUAACCCGUGCAUGAACCUUCCAGCUGAUAUUCGGGAGUUGUGGAAUCAGGGCGCUGUCAUUCCUCACAUCCCUCCCUCAAGACGUCGCAGGGAACCUGAAGAGGAGGAUCUGGAGGCUGUACGAGAGAGGGAGAGAGGACGAGAGGAGCAGGAAGAGGGAGAGCUCAGAGAGAUGCCCACAGAGAUCGUGGAGUCCGGCGUCUCACGCUACGAUACUCCAGUUUCUUCUCUGGUGAUGGAGGUAACAGAUAGAGAAAUCUCACCCCUGGAGACUCCUGAGACUCGACGGUCUCCGGUUCUUGUCUCGGUAGGAGGUUUGGAGGAUAUUCCGGAGGAGAGGGUGCCUGAAUUGGAGGAGGUCACCAUGGACAUCGACCCUCUCGAGAGAAUAAGGGCUACAGGUGCGGAUGAAGUGACAUUUCACUCCCUACUGCCCCCUAGAGUCAAACGCAGAGCCAUCGCUCAGGCAUUCUGGAGGCUGCUUGAGCGAAUCGACAAGAAAGAGGUGAAGGCGCGACAGGACGAGCCGUAUGGUGACAUCAUCAUCACCGUCAUACAGCGCCGUCCCGCCUGAAGGAGAGACGUCCCACAUGGUCACGUGCCUAUUUGCAAAUUUUCAUGUUUUAAAAUGAGUUGAAACGCAGACUGUUGAAGUUUCAUGAAGAAUCAGAUCGAGGUUUUAAACACGUUUACAUUUUAUCCGUUUCAUAUGGAAGACGCUUUUCGUAAUGAAGAAAUUGUGUUUAUUUAGUUAUUUUGAUUUAUUUAAUUCAGGCAUUGAGGUUCUGCUCAAUAACCGAGUCACAUCACAUAAGAAAAUGGUUUUAAUCGCGUGUCAGAUGCUACACAAGAGGUUUGUGCAGCGCGUUGCUUGCGUUCCUUUUAACGUUUCAUCUUCACGUGUUUUAUUAAUACGUAUUUUAUUAUUCGUGUUAAAUGCCCAUAUUUAAAAAAAAAAACGAUUCUAGCAUUUGUGGAAUAUUUACCGUGUUUGUUAUUGAUUUAAAAACAUUUGUUUUGAAAUUGAGAAAUUAUUUAUAAACAUAAAUUGAUACCAGU